AUGGGACACGAGACCACAACUGCCGCUUUGGGUCUGAAUGAGCACGGAAUUCAAAACGACUGCAAAGUGUUUCACAAUCUAACGUACGAACAGCUUGCAGACCACGAAAAGAAAUACAACGAAGGCACAUUUGUGGCAAAUGGCACUUUUGCUGUCGACACCGGAAAGUUUACUGGUCGUUCGCCCAAGGAUAAAUUUAUUGUCAAGCAGAAACCAUCCCAAGACAACGUCUGGUGGGGCUCAAUUAAUCAGCCUACGACACCUGAGGUGUUUGAUGCACUGUAUGCUAAGGCCUCGAAGCACUUUAGCACUGUGGAUCGCAUAUACGUAUUUGAUGGUUAUUGUGGUGUGAACGAGAAGUCCCGCUUGAAUGUGCGCAUCAUUACUGAGCUAGCGUGGCAACACCACUUUGUCACCAAUAUGUUUAUUCGCCCUAAGUUUCAGAGCGUUGUGAAAGACUUUCACGCCGACUUCACGGUCAUAAAUGCGUGCAGCAUUGUCGAUGAAGACUGGAAAGCACACGGACUUCACUCGGAAGUGUUUGUGAUUUUUAAUAUCGAAAAGCACUUGGCAAUAAUCGGCGGUACGUUUUACGGGGGUGAAAUGAAGAAGGGAAUCUUUAGUAUGAUGAAUUAUUAUCUGCCGCUAAAUGGUGUGAUGGCCAUGCACGCUUCAGCGAAUAUCGGCAAAGCAGGCGACACAGCCAUCUUCUUUGGACUCUCUGGAACGGGCAAGACGACGCUAUCUGCCGAUCCAAAGCGCGAGCUUAUUGGUGACGACGAACAUGGCUGGGACGACGAGGGUGUAUUUAAUUUUGAGGGCGGUUGUUACGCCAAGACGAUCGAUUUGAGCAAAGAGAACGAGCCAGAUAUUUUCGAUGCAAUCCGCUCAAACGCUAUGUUAGAGAAUGUAUGGAUUGACGCCAAUAAUGAACCUGACUACUUCAACUCAAGCAAAACAGAAAACGGUCGUGUAUCGUAUCCGAUAUACCACAUUCCACACCACCAGAUGAAUUCUCGUGGUAAUCACCCAAACGCCGUAAUCUUCUUAACGUGCGAUGCAUAUGGAGUGCUUCCUCCUGUAUCGAAGCUUUCGGCGGGUCAGGCGCAAUACCAUUUCCUUUCGGGUUACACGGCCAAGGUGGCGGGUACAGAGCGUGGCGUCACUGAGCCACAGGCGACGUUCUCGACCUGUUUUGGAGCUGCGUUUAUGACGCUGCAUCCGACCAAGUAUGCAGAUCUAUUAAAGACAAAGCUACAGGAACACAACACGAACGUGUACUUAAUCAACACCGGCUGGACUGGUGGCGUUUACGGUGUGGGCAAGCGCAUGAAGCUGCUGUACACGCGCAAGUGUGUGGAUUCAGUGCUUGACGGCAGUAUCAAUAAGUCAACGUUUGUGAAGGAUCCUUUGUUUGGUUUUGAAAUUCCGACGAUGGUGGAAGGCGUGCCAUCCGAAAUUUUAAGCCCAAAAGUUUCGUGGACGGACAAGGCCGCUUUCAACGAAACAGCUCACAAUCUCGCCAAGUUGUUUAAGGAGAAUUUCAAACAGUUUAUUUUGCCAGACAACGACCUGUCAGUGUACGGCCCGACCGUGUAG